AUGCCUGUGAGACCAGACUUCCAACAGCUGGAGAAGUGUAUUGAUGAUGCCUUGAGAAAAAAUGACUUUAAACCUUUGAUGUUACUUGUACAAAUUGAUAUUUAUGAAGAUGUGAAGAUUAAAUGUAGCAAACAAUUCCUCCGCAAGUUGGAUGACUUAAUAUGCAGGGAACUUAACAGAAAGAAUAUUCCAACUGUUUCAAACAUCUUGGUAUCUGUUGGGAGAUGCAGCAAGAAUAUCUUUAUACUGGGACAAGCUGGACUUCUAACCAUGAUAAAGCAAGGCUUAGUACAAAAGAUGGUUUCCUGGUUUGAAAAGUCCAAGGAGGUUAUUCUGAGCCAAGGACAAUCAAAAGAUGAAGCUGUUACAAAUAUGAUAGAAGACUUAUUUGAUCUUUUGAUGGUUGUAUAUGACAUCAACGAUGAAGGUAAAAACCAAGUAUUGGAAAGUUUCAUAGCUCGCAUCUGUGCCCUUGUUAUUGAUUCAAGAGUGAAUGUUUGCAUUCAGCAGGAGGCUUUAAAAAAAAUGAAUUUGAUGCUUGACAGAAUACCUCAAGAUGCCAACAAAAUACUUUCUAAUCAAGAAAUACUAACUCUCAUGAGUAAUAUGGGAGAGAGGAUUUUAUAUGUAGGAGAUUAUGAAUUACAGGUAGGCAUUGUGGAAGCCUUGUGUAGAAUGACUACGGAAAAAAGGAGACGAGAACUGGCAUGUCAGUGGUUUUCAAUGGAUUUUAUUGCUAAUGCAUUUAAAGGAAUUAGAGACUGUGAAUUCGAAACAGAUUGCAGGAUAUUUCUCAACUUGGUAAAUGGCAUGCUUGGUGAUAAAAGAAGGGUCUUUACAUUUCCUUGCUUGUCAGCAUUUCUUGAUAAAUAUGAGUUGCAGAUACCAUCAGAUGAAAAACUUGAGGAAUUUUGGAUUGAUUUUAAUCUUGGAAGCCAGACUUUGUCAUUCUACACUGCUGGAGAUGAUGAUGAUCAUCAAUGGGAAGCAGUCACUGUGCCCGAAGAAAAGGUUCAGAUGUACAACAUUGAAGUAAGAGAAUCAAAGAAGCUUCUGACUAUAACUCUGAAAAAUAUAGUAAGAAUUAGUAGAAAAGAAGGGAAGGAGUUACUUUUGUAUUUCGAUGCAUCAUUAGAAAUCACCAAUGUGACUAAAAAGAUUUUUGGUGGAAAUAAGUACAAGGAAUUUACCAUAAAACAAGGUGUUUCAGUUGCCAAAACAUCUAUUCAUAUACUUUUUGAUGCAAUUGGAUCACAGAUUCUAGUGCCAGAAAGUCAACCAUCUCCAGUCAAAGAAGACCUUGUUCAUCUAAAAGAGAAACCUAACCUUCAGAAGAGACUUGAAAAUCCUCCAGCAGAGGACAACAGCAGCAAGCAGGAAGACAGACCAAGCAGCCAGGAUGAGAUAACUACACCUUACAGAAAGAAAAUGUCUGAAGCAUCAAUGAUAGUUCCCGAUGCAGAUAGAUACACAGUGAGAAGUCCAAUACUCUUAAUCAACACAUCAACGCCCCAAAGAAGUAGGGCACCACUGCAAGCAAUAACUUCUGAAAAAGCUGAUGUUUCUAAAACAUCAGAAAGAGAAGUGGAUUGUGCUGUGUCACUCAAAUCUAGACAAUCUGAUGGAAGAAACAGAUGGAAUAUUAGAGACAAACAUGACAAAACUACUAAAGUUGUAGAAAACAAAGAAAAUGAAGACAAUGAAUCCCUAGACCAAACUUUCAAUGAAAUUGAGGACAAUUUUUCUGAUGUAUAUGCAGUGAAGAAAGUAGAUGAGUCUGCAUUACCUGGUGUUAUGGACAUCUCUAAAAAUACAGCACACUCCAAAUGGGCAUGUUGGACACCUGUAACAACCAUCAAACUCUGCAAUAACCAGAGAGCUCGUACUUUACCAGGACACACUUUUACCCAAGACACUGAUGUCAACAAAAAAUGCACUAAACAAAAAUCACUUGAUGAUUCUGAAGAAACACAUAGGGUAAAAUACAAGAAAGAUGUAUUCAAGUGUAAUAAUUCAGAUGAAGCAGAAGUUUGUGAAAGAAACAAUCAAGAACAAAAUCAUUCUAAACAUUCACAAAAGAAAAAUACUGAAAACACUAAGCAGAGUGAUUGGCAUAUUGAAUCUGAAACUACUUAUAAAUCAGUACUCCUAAAUAAGAAAACUGAAGAAUCACUCAUCUAUAAGAAGACAUGUGUAUUGUCAAAAGAUGUGGAUGCUACUCUUUGUGAUAAAAGCCCUUCUAGAAAAAGCAUGAGGAGAAGUACAAAAUCAAGGAAAGAACUGACUUCUGAACUUAACUCAUGUGCAAUAAAAGAAAUGCCAGUGAGAGAGAAGUCAAAAGGGAAAGGAUUUACUGAUGCAGCAGAAUCCUUGAUAAGCCAAAUUAAUAAGAGAUACAACCCAAAUGAUGGCAUGAAGUCUACAAGAAAAUUAAAGGAAUCUCUGAAUUGCAGUAAUCUCAUAUCUAAAUGUUUUUAUGUGAACUUUUCUAUUUUUGAAAAGGUUCAGAGAAAAAGUUACAGAAAACUGAAGACGACUUUUGUUAAUGUUACUUCCAGAUGUCCGCUGAAUGAUGUAUAUAAUUUCAGCUUGAAUGGCACUGAUGAACCUGUCAUAAAACUUGGCAUCCAAGAAUUUCAAGCUACAGCUAGAGAAGCCAGUAUGGAGAAAUCAGUAAAGCUAGGUGUAAGGAAUCAUGAUGAACAUGACUCUCCUUUCAAAACAAAAAAUAAAAGAGUAAGUUAUAACAUUCAUGAGAAAACACUCUUCAGUGACACUGAAACAGAAUGUGGGUGUGAUGACAGCAAGACUGACAUUAGCUGGCUAAGAGAGUCAAAAUCAAAAAGACUAAUGGAUUACAGUAGAAAUAAAAAUGCGAAGAAAUACAAAAGUAGAAAAUCAAGGUCAUCCUUGGAAAGGGGGCAGCCAAGAUCCAUAAUGGCACGCAAUAAAAACAUUACCAAAAAGGAUGAUGAAAUAGUUGUAGAUCAGAGAACCAGACUUCCACGAAGGGCAACAAAAACAAAAAAAAAUUAUAAAGAUCUCUCAACUUCAGAAUCAGAGAGUGAAAAAGAAUUUUCAUAUAUACUUAAAGAUAAACUGCUGACAAAGGAGGAGACUGUCCAUUCCAGAGCCCAGACCAAGAAACUGCCAAAGGAACCACAGGAAGUUGUCACUACAGAAACGGCAAAAGAAAAACAGAAAAUUUCAUCUGAGCUAAGAGAUGGGAGAGAAGACAGUUUUUGCCUAUCUUCUGCAUCUGUGUCUGGGAGCCCAUCUUCUGUAGAAGUGACAAGAUGUAUAGAGAAAAUAACAGAAAGGGAUCUUACUGAAGAUUAUGACUACAUCACAAAAUCUUUUUCACCUUAUCCAAAAACUGCAUCAUCUGAAUCCUUAAAUGAUAACAAUAAAGUUGAAAGUCAGAGAAAAUCGCCCAGAACCAGUGAGACCAGUACACUAUGUGUGAGAAAGAGUAGCUCACCUGUUCCAGGACUGCCUUCUUUGCCCAGAAACACAACUACCAAGAAUAAUUCUGUUUUGAAUAGAAAAAAUACAAAUUCAAUGAUAGACAAUCAAAGAACCCUACAUUAUAACAGCUAUUCAGAUGUAAGCAGUAAUAACUCAGAGAAACAUUUUAUGGAAACUGAAUCUCCAGAGAGUCGUGAAAACCAUAUACAAAGCAAGAGAGAGGAAAGCCUUGCCGCAUCUCCAUUAUCAUGUUCUAGUGAAAGAGUAGAGAAAAUAUGGUGGGAUAUGCCCAGUGACAAUACUCAUGUAUCAGGUCCUAGUCAACGAUGUCACAAACGGCAAAUGUUCCUAGAACAUGAUCUAAGUAAUUCCAAUGAAGCAGAAGUGGAAGAGGCAGAAGAGAGAGAACAAUUACUCUCCAAAAGACUUUGUCAAAGGGAAGAUUCAGAUCAUCACAUUUACAAAAUGUCUGAAAUUACAGCUUCAUUAUCGACACCAGAUUUUUCUAUUCCUGAGGACUGGCAACAGGAGUUUCUAGGUGCUGAAAUGUUAUAUGAUAACAUCAGCUCAGACUAUAAGAGGAAAACUGAUACCCAACAUAGAAUCAUGGAUGACUUUACUACAAAGACAUUAAAAUUGACUCAACAACAUCUAAUGACAGUGACCUCUCAAGCUCGAGGACGCAGGAAUGAAAGUUUGGAGAAAUUCAAAGUCAUUCUCAUAAAUGAGAUGGAGAAAGUUGGAAAAGACUCAGAGACUUUACGAGACUUGGAGAAGGAACUUGUGGAUGUCGAGGAAAAAUUAGUUCAGAAGAUGAAGACAUAUCUUCGAAGCGAGAAGGAGAGGCUUCGUGUUUUGAAAACUUCACUGGAUAAUAGUUUUCUUGUCUCUAACUCUGUUUAUGAAGAUAAUAUUUUUAUAUCUGAGAUGCGUUUGAUGAAAGCAAACAUGCAAAUUUUGCAAGAUAAGCUACUUAAGAAAAUGCAUGAAGAGGAACUUCUCAACAUACGCAGAGGACUGUGGUCGUUUUUCAAGGUUCAUGAAGAAAAUGAUGUAUGAAAUCUGGCUGCUAUCAA